GCUGAGGAGCCCGUGAGGGUGGAUGAGGACGCGGGCUUGCUGCAGCAGCACCAGUGCAUCCAGGAGGCCGAGGAGGAAGAGAGGGAUCUCUACAGCAGCUCCCCAAAAGCAGAGCAGACCAGUGCUGGGACCCCGAGCCAGGCCAGCCCGGGUGCUGAGGAGAGCUGGGACGCGCUGUUCAACGACGACGGGGACUGCCUGGACCCGCGCCUGCUGGAGGAGCUCUCGGGGGGUGAGAAGCACCGGGAGAGCCGACAGUCACCCCGCUUCGACUACUACGGGGCCGAGCCCGCUGCACCGGACCUCAGCGAUGCCGAACUGCCCCACGUCAUCGAGAUCUAUGAUUUCCCCUCUGAUUUCCGCACCGAGGACCUGCUGCGUGUCUUCUGCAGCUAUCAGAAAAAAGGCUUUGAUAUUAAGUGGGUGGAUGAUACGCAUGCUCUGGGCAUCUUCUCCAGCCCCAUAACAGCAUGUGAUGCCCUCAGCACCAAACACCUGAUGGUGAAGACUCGCCCGCUUUCCCAGGCCACCCGUGCCUCUAAAGCCAAAGCCAGGGCAUAUGCCGACUACCUGCAGCCAGCCAAGGAGCGCCCUGAAACAUCUGCUGCCCUGGCCAGAAGGCUGGUGAUCGGCGCCCUGGGGGUACGCAGCAACCAGACGCCAGCCCAGCGAGAUGCUGAGCGGAGGAAGCUGCAAGAAGCCCGAGAGAGGAAGCGCCUGGAGAACAAGCAGAGGGAGGAUGCCUGGGAGGGUCGGGAGUGA